AUGGGAGAGAGAAGCAAAGAGCUUCUGCAGUUCGAGCAUAAGGGCACGCCCCUUUCGUCCUUAGAAUCCGCUGUUCUUCUGAGUGGCAAUAAAAGAGAAUCAAACAUUCAAACUAGGAGACUCCCCUCUCAUGGCGCGCCCCUCACUUCUCCACUUCCCCCAAGCCAACUUCUAGGGAAGGUGAAAGACUUCCUAGGAGUGAUGUCAGAAGCAAAUAAGCAGCUGGAACUUGAUGCAAAGGACCAUCCAGAGAAUUAUGAUAUUGAAGAGCUAAAUGGAAAUGAAUCCGAAGUCAUUGAAAUGGAUUUGAUGCUUGGUGUGGCCGAUCUUAAAACACCGGAGGCAGUGGCUGCUGCUGAAUCUGCAAUUUCCACUUUUCAGCCUGUGAUUCCAUUAGCUGCUGAUGGCAGUGAAACAGAUUCGGAGGAUAGUAGUGCUGAUAAUGACAACGAGGAUGAUGAAAUUGAAAACAGUGACAAUGAUUGCAACGAUGGAAGCAUUGGCGAAAAGGGAAAUGGGUCAGUAAAUCAAGAAUCAAUUUCUGGUAACGAUAACAUUCAUGAACAACGAAAGGGAAAUGGUCAUUCCAAAAAGCGUCCGAGGAUAGUUGAGCUAUCAUGA